GCCUUUAGGUAUAUAAACUGUCCUGUUUUGGGACUGUGUCAUCGUCAAGGGGAAGGUGAAACAUGGAGAUUGCUACCACUCUUCUUGUUCUUUGCUCUGUGAUAGUCUCACAUGGAGCUCAAGGUCAGUGGGAGACAUGGACCACAGCAGAACCUUGGAGAACAGUUGACCCAUCAGGCACCAGUGCCCCAUGUGGUGGCUACCUGACUGCAUCAAAGGGCCAAUUCAACAGCCCCAACUACCCCAGCAACUACCCCAACAAUGCCUACUGUACAUGGAACAUUCAGACCCCACCGGGCAGCCAAAUCGUUCAGCUGGAAUUCCCCUAUGUCAAUCUUGAGGGUGACUUCAACUGUAGGUAUGAUUCCAUCUCCGUGUACGAUGGCUAUUCCACCUACAACCGACUCCUGGGAAAGCUGUGUGGAGGACAAAGCUCAACCUUUUACUCCACCGGAAGUUCAAUUACUGUGCAAUUCACAAGUGACAGCUCCUCAACGUACAAGGGGUUUCAAGCAGAGUAUCGUGUCGUAGAUGGAGGUUCUUGUAGACACAACUGUGGCUAUCAGGUUGGCAACUGCUCCUGCUCAUAUUCCUGUGAAUACAGGGGCAACUGUUGCCAGGACUAUCAACAGAUCUGCUAUGACACAACCACAGAACCCAGCACCACAGAUGCAGGACCAACAACCGGAGAUUAUUAUUCCUGUGAGUACAACUGUGGCUACAGUGGCAUGGUCUGCUCCUGCACCUCAUCAUGUCAAAACCAUGGCAACUGUUGUCAUGACUAUCAUGAUUAUUGCCCGGGUACAACAGAAACACCUACAGCUCAGCCUUCCUGUAGGUACAACUGUGGUUAUAAUCUUGGAAGCUGUUCCUGCUCCAGCUCCUGUCAAUACUACGGCAACUGUUGCUAUGACUACAAUGAGAUAUGCUAUGGCACAACCACAGACUCCAUCACCACAGCUGCAGAUCCAGCUACUGCAACAACCGGAGCCACAGGUUGGGGUUCCUGUAGAUACAGCUGUGGUUCUUAUGCCGGUGGUUGCUCCUGCACCUCAUCCUGUCGAUACUAUGGCAAUUGCUGUCAUGACUACAAUGAUUAUUGCCAGAGCACAACGUACGAAACUGGUACAACCUCAGAGGCUUCCUGUAGGUACAACUGUGGUUUCAAUCUUGGAAGGUGUUCCUGCUCCAGCUCCUGUCAAUACUAUGGCAACUGUUGCUAUGACUACAACACGUACUGCCCCACCACCCCACCAGAAUCAACAGUCUCAGGGACUCACCCCACCUGUGGAGGAAACCUGCAUGGCUCUGGGUCCAUCUCAAGUCCAUACUAUCCAGAAUAUUACCAUGACAACGCCUACUGUGUCUGGCAUCUAUCGGCCCCCUCUGGCCAAAGGAUCUUUAUGUCAUUUACUGACCUGGAGUUGGAGAACUGCUGCUCUUGUGAUUACAUCUCUGUGUACGAUGGAUCGUCUGUGCAAUCUCAAAUGCUAGGCACAAUCUGUGACUUCAACAACGACACCUCUUUGGCUGCCUACCACUCCACCUCUAACUACAUGACAGUUCUCUUUCGCUCUGACCAAUCAGUGGUCAGCAGGGGCUUCAGGGCCAUGUUCAGCAGCUCCCUCGCAUCAAACCAAGGUCGAGUGGACUGCUCCUCAGACAACAUGAACAUAGUGAUCCAGAGAUCCUACCUGCUCUCAAUGGGCUACGAUGGUAACAAUCUGUACCUGAACGACCAGCAUUGUAGACCUCAGGUCAACAGCUACCAGGUGGUGUUCAGCUUCCCAAUCAAUACCUGUGGGACCCAGCGAAAGUUUGAGAAAGGGAGAGUGGAGUACAUCAACGCCGUCCGUGCCUACCGGUCCGACUCAGGCGAGAUUACGCGGCAGUCUCAUUUUCUGCUGCACGUGGAGUGUCGCAUGGAGCAGGACACCAUGGUCCAGGUUAUGUACAAGACCAACGAUGAGGGUAACGGUACCAUAACAGGCACAGGCAGAUUCAACAGCACCAUGGCCUUCUUUACAAACAGCAACUUCUACAGUGAGAUAACCCAGACUCCAUACAAGAUUACCCUCAACCAGAACAUGUACGUCCAAGUCCGCCUGAGGAGGUCAGACAGCAGUCUACAUCUGUUCCUGGACACCUGUGUGGCCUCUCCCUCACCUCAUGACUUUCAAACCAGAUCAUAUGACCUGGUGCGCAACGGAUGUAGGAGGGACCCCACCUACUACUCCUACACCUCUGGUACCAGUAGCUACGCCCGCUUCACCUUCCAGGCUUUCAAGUUCCUGCGAGCUGAUGAGUCAGUGUACCUGCAGUGUAAAGUCACCAUCUGCCAAGCUUCUGACUACAACUCCCGCUGCCGCCGAGGCUGCCGCACCCGCAAGGCCAGGGACCUGGGAUCCUCCCAGGGGAGCCACACCCUGAUCCUGGGCCCCAUCCAGCUCAAAGAUCUGGAGAAGCCAGAUGAGAAAGUGGCUGAGAAGGAGGAGAUCCAGGCUAAGGUGGAACCUUAAGACUAAGCUGACCAGCCUCAACUAACUACUCUAAUCAUUAAUACUAUAAUUCUGAUUAAUUUCACCUGAGGCAAUGAAGUAGCCAAUAUUCCCUGCUAAUGUACACUAUAAUCUUGUAUCGCUUUCCUACUUUGGCUAAAUGAUUAAAAGCAUUCAACAGACAA